GUCGCCUCAACGCUGCACGCUGACCUUGAGAAGAAGCAGAGAAGACAUGUCUGCGCGGUUCAGCAAGCUAGAGGCGGUGGAUUUGGCUGACGAUGAGGACACGGAGGGAGAGGGGGGUAGUGGGGAAGACUGUCAGGUGGCGCUCGUCCUCCCUGAGGGCGUGAGAAAGGGAGGGAGGGGCAGGAGACUUGUGAACAAGCUUAGAGGGAGAAAGAGACUUGGGUCUUGGCGAUGGGUAGUGGUGGCCGUCGUGGCGUUUGCAAUCGCCGUAUUUGUGGCUCUAAUGGUGGCAAGACUAGCAAGCGAACCACCCUCACAAGCUACUGACAAUAGUGACAAUAAUGGAGAACUGCAAGCGGGUGCCGUGGCGACGGACUCUGCCCUCUGUUCGGAGAUGUCGGGAGAGAUUCUGAGGAAUGGAGGCUCGGCUGUCGAUGCUGCCAUAACUGCUCUCCUGUGUGUGGGGGCAGUGCACCCCGAAUCCAGCGGCCUUGGAGGAGGUGGUUUCAUGGUGGUGUAUGAUGGUAAUGGAUCGGCAGCUGCUAUUGACUUCCGUGAAACUGCGCCAGCUGCCGCGACGACAGACAUGUUCCAUUCCAGCCCCAACCUCUCCACCUCCGGUGGGCUGGCGGUUGCCGUACCCGGAGAGCUGCGAGGAAUGGAGUUGGCCCAUAGACUCUAUGGCAGGUUGAAGUGGAUUGACCUGUUUCAACCGGUUAUAAACCUGUGUAGAACUGGCUUCAACCUUAGCCUCCACACUGAAAAGGCUAUCGAACUCCACAAAGAUGCCGUGAGAGAAGACAAAAUUCUGACCGAACUUUUCGUAGUCAACGGAGAAUUGAAAAAAGAAGGGGAUGAGGUGAAAAGGAGUAGAUUGGCGGACACAUUGGAGCUGAUUGCCAUAGAAGGAGCUGAUGUCUUCUACACUGGGGAACUAUCACUGAAUAUCAUCAACAAGGUGAAUGAGACUGGUGGUAUUUUAACCCCUGAGGACCUGGCCAGCUAUGCCGCCAAUCUCAAAAAACCUCUCUCAACUGAAUUCAACGGCUACACCCUCUUCACGCCUCCUCCUCCAUCUGGUGGCCCUGAGCUUCUUUUUCCUCUCAACGUCCUUUCUCUCUACACCUCCUCCUCCUCCUCUCUUCUUCCUCCUCCUCCUCCUCCUCCUCCUCCUCCUCUUUCUCCCUUGAUGUACCAUCGAAUGGUUGAGGCUUUCAAGUUUAUGUUUGCUCUACGGAGCCAGCUCGGUGACACGAAAUGUGACGAUUGUGACGGGGACGCUGUGUGGAGUGUGGUCGAUAAUAUGACCAGUAUCAACUAUGCGGCAUACGUGAAGUCACAAAUUUCAGACGACACGACGCACAAUGUUUCCUACUACCGUGCAGACUAUGCCACGCCCCCCAGUGACCACGGGACAUCCCACAUAUCUGUCCUGGGUCCAGACGGAAUGGCAGUAUCAGUCACCUCGUGAGUCCCCAUUCCAUUCCGCACUCAACUGGGACCUUCGCCUUAUGUACUGUCACAUUCCCUAUAGAACUGUCUCUCUUUUUUCAGUUCUGUGAACACGUAUUUUGGUUCCAAAGUCGUGACAGGGGACGGAGUGAUUCUAAAUAAUGAGAUGGACGAUUUUUCUUCGCCCAACAUCACCAACUCGUACGGACUACGGCCGUCGGAAUCCAACUACAUAUCUCCUGGCAAGAGACCACUCUCUUCCACGUGUCCCGUGGUUGCAGUCAAGAGAUCUGAAAGUGGAGGGACUCAGUACCUCAUUACUGGAGCAUCAGGAGGCACUAGAAUACCAACGUCUACCGCUCAGGUAAUAUGGAGAGUUCUGUCACUAAAUGAACCAAUCGAUGAGGCCAUAGAAGCAAGCAGACUCCAUCAUCAGCUAUUACCUAAUCAAGUGCAAGUUGAAGCUUCAUUUCCCGAUGACAUCAUCACGUAUCUAGAGUCCAAAGGUCACAACGUCACUAAAGACUUCAACUAUGCAGUGGUACAAGGUGUACACGUUAACGAGGUGGGUGUGGUCUCGGCUCACUCUGACUCCAGGAAACAGGGCCAAUCAGUUGUCGUCACAUGACAGUCACAUGAUCAUUGCAUCAUUACAUAACGUAGUCACUUCACUUUUCAAUUUCAGUACCCAUCCCAUUUCUAUAAUUCACGAAGUUGGUUCAAUUACAACAUGUGUGCAUAAUAUCUGCGAGAGUAUAAACACAAAUCAUUGUUGUCUUUAGCUAAACUGCUGAAAUUAUCAGUAUGUGCAAAAUGUACCACAGCUCACACACGUGCACACAAAGUUAUAUCUCGUCUUCAAUUCUCCCUGUCCACAUCUGAUUGGUGGUUGGGUUGUGUUUCCACGGCAACGUCAGGCACUUGUGUUUCUCCGUCUCCGUGAUCCGUUGACGGUCUCAUCUUCUCCUGUGAGAGAGAGAGAGAGAGAGAGAGAGAGAGAUGCCACAGGAUCAUAGAGAUGCUUAGUUGCUUAUAGGGUCUUAUAUAUUAUAGUCAUC